CGUGGAAAUGCUAGUAGAUUGCAAAAUUCUAUGGUCCUGUGAGAAUAAGUGUACGUAAUAGACCUGAAAGCAAAGUAUUGUAUUUGACGCAAAAACAACCCAACAUCCAACCUAAUUUCUAACAUCAAGCAUGGUGGAGGUAGUAUCAUGCUCUGGGGUCACUUUUUGGCCAGAGGAACUGGGUAGCUUGUUGCACCCAACACAAUGGAGUUAAAUCAUAUAUCAUAUAUGAGAAUGUGUGGAUCCUUGGUCAGCCGAACUGAAUUUUGCAGAAGCCCAUGUACUAAAACACUGAUUCUUUGAGAACCCAAGUGUACUUCUUAUUUCCCCAGGCGUUCACCAUGCUCACCAGCUUUGUGGAUGGAAUAUUCUGUUGCUUUACAGGGAAGUCUACAAAUGUGGUGGUCCCUAUUGAAUCAUCCGAGCCCACCGAUGGUUUUGAAUUUGUAGAGGUGAAACCAGGAAGGGUUCUGAGGGUUCGACAUAUUAUCCCAGACAGACCAGUGGUUGAGGAGCCAGGGACUGGGGAAGGGGGUAGUGUGAGCUGCAAGCGCAAAAUCUCGGUGUACCGAAAUGGACAGCUUCUGAUUGAGAACAUCAACGAAGCCACCCAUCCAGAGCUGGUCCGCUAUCAGAAUGGAGACAGCACUGUGGAUAUGGAAGUUUCCAACUGUGAGGCUCCUGCAGCAGGUCAGGCUACUGAGCCCACACCAGGGUCAGCUGCAGGACAGGAUACAGAUACCAAACCUGUACCACAGCAGGAGCAGCAGCAAGUGCAGCGCAGGCGGCGCAAACCCAAACGCUCCAUUGUGAUUGACUGCGAGCGGAAGAUUGCAUGCUGCAAAGGUACUCACCCUGACGUGGCCUUGUUUUUCAUACAUGGAGUCGGGGGAUCGCUGGAUAUCUGGGGAAGCCAACUGGACUAUUUCUCCCAACUUGGUUACGAGGUCAUCGCCCCAGACCUGGUCGGCCAUGGUGCAAGUUCAGCCCCUCAGAUACCUGCUGCCUAUACCUUUUAUGCUCUGGCUGAGGACGUUAGAAUCAUCUUCAAGCGAUAUGCAAAGAGGCGGAAUAUUUUAGUUGGACACUCAUAUGGUGUCUCGUUUUGUACCUUCCUGGCUCACGAGUAUCCGGAACAAGUUCAUAAAGUUGUGAUGAUUAAUGGUGGAGGUCCCACAGCACUCGAGCCCAGUCUCUGCUCUGUCUUCAACUUGCCCACGUGUGUCCUUAAUUUCCUGUCCCCGUGCCUCACCUGGAGUUUCCUCAUGGCUGGAUUUGCCCAUCAGGGAACAAGAGAAAAGAAACUACUAAAAGAGAACAAUGCCUUCAACGUGUCUUCCUUCGUUCUGCGGUCCAUGAUGAGUGGACAGUACUGGCCGGAGGGUGAUGAGGUUUACCACGCUGAAAUCACAGUGCCUGUUCUGCUGGUUCACGGCAUGUACGACAAGUUUGUACCAGUACAAGAGGACCAGCGUAUGGCAGAGAUCCUCUUGCUGGGGUUCCUGAAGGUCAUUGAUGACGGAAGUCACAUGGUCAUGAUGGAGUGCCCUGAUGUAGUUAAUACUCUCUUACAUGAAUUCUUCCUGUGGCAGCCAGCAACUGCCUCGAAACCCAAACAGGAAGCAGCCCCCACAAAGCCCACCACCAAAUCUCCAGAGGACACAAGACCAAAAACUGCCCCCAAGUCACCCUCCAAAUCUCAGCCAGACUUAAUAAGACCAACAACUGCACCAAAAACCAUCAAUACUGGGACAGAGGCCUCAGUGGACAUCAGAUCUAAGGGCAAGAAAUAGCUGGUCUACCAAACGCUACGGUAUCCAUUUAAAGGUGUUAAAUUUGCUCUGCUCUUCCAUGUGGGACAAAUUUAAUGGCACAGUCUGAACGUAGGAUGUCUUUGGAUAUUUGCCAAUUGGUCUAUGUAUGACUGCAGCAAACAGACUCAGAGAAGAGCUCAGAUGGACAUUUGUCCCAGAGCAGAGUGGUUGAAUAUUUCCAGCUUUUGAAUGAAAUGAAGAUCCCUAGAGGAUGCUUUUUUUUCUUUUCAUUUGAGCUCAUUCUUAUGUCUACUAUGGGAUUUAUGUGCUUAAAUAGGAUAAAAUGUGUUAUGAUAAUGUCAGCUCAAAGAUGUUUAUAUCACAUGAGUGAUCUCAAUAUUAAAUAUUCAAAGUUCACAAAGAAAUACUGUUGCUAUGGAUGCUUCUGUUGUAAAUAGAUGGAUUUAUUUUUUGUAUUUAUUUACAGUUUAAUAUCAGCUGAUGUCCUGUCUGUGAUAGACAGCAGAAUAUUCUUUUUUUUUUUUUUUUACUUUCAUAUUAUUUUAUACUUUAACCCCCGGUUAAAGGCUUAAGCCUCGUCCCAGACUAAAAUGCAUAUUUGAGGUGUUUUAACCAAAAGCAGCUUGCACUGACAUAUCUUAAAAUAUGUCAGUGCCAUUUUUUUGUCUCACGAUGCACAACAGUAAUGUUAUUUU